AUGUCCUGGAACCGUGACGCGGGACUGGCAGGCAGCCUGCAUCCAGGGGAUCUUGGGGGCACCUGCAGACUGCCUGUUGGGCCACCAGCAGCCUUGGCGGCUGGCAGGACCAUCUUUACAAAUAGACGAGGGCGCAGCUUGGCAGAGAACGAGAGGGGCUCCGAGUAUCACUUCCUGGUAUAUAACGCAUCUGUCCUCUACUGGCAAAUGGUGAGGCCGUUUCUCAAGCCGGGAUAUCGUCACCAUCUGAUCUCCAGCCUCUCCCAGAUCGUAAACGUGUUAAACCAAACCGAGGAGGAAGACAAGGAGUGGCAGGCAGAGCUGAUGCUGGAGCUGCUGGAGUGUUAUCUACAAGCUGGAAAAAAGGAGGAGGCCGCGACGUUUUGUGCCACCGCAGCGCCCUUUAUAAAAGCUAACGUGCCCCAGAAAUACCGACACAUCUUUUCUGUUAUGGUGCGCCAUGAAUUACUGGAUGAGCUUCAGUUAAAGGAAGAAAAGAGAACCUCCAUAAGCCUGUCUGUCACCUACCACAUGAACGUGCUGAAAGCGAAAUUGGAUAAAAAUGAGUUACCUGAAGAUGUCAACGCAAUUCUGAAGAAGACCUAUAAACACUUAAGUUAUUACAAUCACGAGCGCUUCCCUUCAAUCAGAGAGGAAAAAAUUCUUUUGCUUUUUGAACUGGCUCGUCUUUCCUUGACCUUGAAAUGUGAGCAGAUCUCCUCUGACUGCAUCUCCGACUUGAAGAAAAUCGACAGCCAAGACCCUGGGAAGCUGAUUGAAAUCAAAUGCCUGGAGUAUGAAUUAGAAGCUUUAGGACUCGAAAGUAAAGUUAAAGUCUACGUCCGAGCAGCUGUUGAGGCCCAGCUGAAUAUAGUACGGAGACUGGACAUCACACUGCAGCGAGCCGUGCGCCUGGGCGACCCCGGGGUCAUCCACGUGGUGUGCACCACCCAGUGGAACGCGUGUCUCCCUUUGCUGCAGCACAACCUGAGACACCACCUGCGGAAGCCGCUGGCCAACGUCGCGGACGUCCUGGAGAAGGUGGACAGCCUCAUGGUCCUGCUCCGCUGCCAGGUGCACAUGGAAAUGGUGCACAUCGAGGAGGACGAGGACCGGCUGGAGCCGGCCAUGCGGCACCUGCAGAAGGCCAUGCGUCUGGACAGCCUGGGCCUCUACCAGGACCAGCUCAGGAUGGCCUUCAACCGGCUGUAUCUGUGCACCAGGCUGUACCAGUCCCCUGAGCGUGCCGAGGACAAGGCCGUCGUGGCCAUCGAGCAGGCCAAGAAAGCUAUCCCAAAAGACAGCGUCAGGAAGAAGCGGGCUCUCCUAGUGAACGCGGGCCUGGCCCUGGCCCCCGACACCUUCCAGAUUGUGCUCGACAGCGAGAACGAGGCCAAAGUGUCUACAGGGAAGACCAGGGGCCGGUUCAGCUUCCUGUUCGCGAAGGCACGGCACCACAUCAUCAGCGUGGACAAGGCCGCCGGGCACUUGUGGCGUCUGGGGGGCGAGAACGCCAGGGAGCGAAUACAGAUCUGGGCCGAGCUCGCCAAAGUCGCCCGGAAGCAGGGGGUGUGGGACGUUUGCCGGACAGCGUGCCGCUUCUGCCUCCUGUACGACAACGUCAAGGCAAAGAAGCCAGCACGGCUGAAGAGAGGAAAGAAGAAGAGGGGCAGAGACAGCACGGCCCAGGACGGCGGGGGCCACUCAGAAGUGACGUCGCAGCGGCAGGCGUCCCCGAGCCUGCUGCGCAAGUUCGCCGAAGUGGGGUUCAUCAACGCAGAGGCCACCGUCCACCUGCUGCGCUCAGAGGGCGUGCAGCUCAAUGACCACCCCACCCCCCCGGAGGACCCGAGCCAGCACUCGGCCGGCUACACGCUCGAGUGCCCCGAGGACAACACACAGUGGGUCGUGUACCGGACCUGGAUUGAGAGUCUGUCACAGGGCGCCAUGGACAGCUGGCUGCGGUGCGCCGAGAUCGGGCGAGAGAUCCAGGAAGGCUGGAUCGUGCAGAACGCGGUGGUCUACGUCCUCAACCACAACCGCCACCUCAUCGUGGCCGGGAGGCAGAGGGAGCUCGUGGGCGCCUUGGACCACCUCCUGAGCAUCGUCAAGGCCACGGGCCACGACGGAGACUUCACUCUGCUGGGGAUGCUCUGCAACACUUUGGCUCGAGGCUUGAUUAUCAACUGGAUUCCGACCCAAGUGCCGGAAAAAUCUAGAAGACCCAUGCGCCCAAACCUGUUUCACACACCACUGGACUCAGAAGCCAGCGCUGAAGUCAGGACCGCGGUGGAGGUUUGUGAGUUCGCCCUGAACCUGAGCACCGGGACGGAGCCCGAGGAGGUGGUGCCCGUGAGCACCCAGCAGCAGCUCCUUGCCACCUGGGUGAAGGCCCGGCAGCUGCUACAGCAGCAGAUCGGGCCGCGGCUGGGCGCGGACGAGCAGAGUCCCAACGAGGACAUCAACUCGGUGACCAGAGUUCUCGUUGCUCUGGAGAUGUACUCCUGCAACGGGCUGGGCCUCAUGGACUUCUCCGUGCCCCCCUUGGCCCAGGUGGUGGAAAUGGCUUCCGAGUGCAACUGGUCGGACCCCCUGGUGGAGCUGCAGACCCUGACACGACUGACCCACUUUGCCCACAUGGCCCACGACCACGAGGUCGCCAUGGCCUGCUCGCAGAAGGCCAUCCAGAUGGGCAUCAGGCUCCUGAGGAUGUUUAGCCAGGUGGAGACUCAACUGGUGGCCGAGAUGCUGAGCACCACAGCCUGCAUCCAGGGCAGGAGCAUCCUGGAGAACCUGAAGGGCAGAAAGCAGCUGCGCCUGGCGGCCGCGAGGUCCUUCAUGGAGAGCGCCAGGUUCGGGGGCAUUGCGGGGAGCAGCGCCCUGGUGAUGCUGGCUGUGAGGCAGUGCUGGAACACCUGGCUCCCGCUCCUGUCCUCCGCGGCCAACAGGAGGAAAGCCAAAACUGUCGUACAGAGGCUCAUCGGCAUCAUCAAUAAGACAGAAGCGGAGAAACAGGGAAAUGGAAAAACACUGCUUCUGCACCAGUGGCCUACAGCGGACUUCCAAAGCGGAGGGACUCCCGAAGGGCAUUUUCUCCCAGGUUUCCUGAUUUUCAAACACAUGGUCAUCGUGAAGGCCAAACUUGGCCAGAAUUUUAUGAUGGAAAUACAGAAAUUCAAAGAUGAAAGUGAAGAUUACUUGGCACACAUGUGGCACCGUCUGGCCUUGAACUCCAGGAGUGUGCAGGGCGAGCUGACCUGCUAUCACAACGCCAUCCAAGCCUUACAGAAGCCAGAGAGUGACUGGCAAAAAGUAGAAUACAUCCUGGAAUUCAGCGAGUGGCUGUAUGACAAACAGUUUCCCAUGGAGGACGUAACUUUCCACCUGACGUGGGCGAUUCACAUCCUGCUGGCGAUGACACCUGCCAGGGACGCCCCUGAGCUGGCAGGUGAGGAGGAACAGCUGCCCGCUCAGACAGCCCCUGAAAGUCCAGUGUCCGAGGCUGCGGGGACAGUCUCCUUGGAGAAGCUUUGGAACGUGAGGCAGCUGGAGGCGCUGGCCCGCGCCUACACCCUGCUGGCCCUGAUGGUGUCCCCGAGCGCGGCCAGCUACCAGGACUACUGCCUCAUGGCCUACACGUUCCUCAAGCGCAUCUGGCAGGUUUCUUUGUUAACAGCAGGAAGAUCAAUUUCAGAAAGCAGAAUUCUAGCAGCAACAGCUAGUUCACAUUUGCUACUGCCUAAAAAGGAGAAGGAGAAGAGGAAGGAGAAGAAGGAGAAGGAGCCAGGGAAGGAGAAGGAAAAGAAAGAGAAGGAGAAGGAGAAGGAGGACAGAGAGAAGGGCAAAGACCCCAAGCAGCUUCCAACCGCGGUUCCUGGCAAACGGCUUGAGGACUUACCGGCCAGCACAGAGGAGUGGGCUUCCUACUCCUGCCCCGAGGAAGCGAUAUCUGUAUUUAAACAAGAUAAAAGCGACUUUACCGUCAACGCGUCAAGCAUCCAGAAGCCGACAUACAGUUUAUAUUAUCUGGACCACUUGGUCAAAGCCCUGCAGAAGAUGUCCCUUUACGAACUCACCAUCCCAGUCCUGCAAUUGGGCAUACUAAUUGCAGCCUCCGUGGUAGACAGCAAGAGCCUCAAAGAUCUGUACCAUCUUCGACUUGCCCUAGUUUGUUCCGAUUUGAAGUUGCAAGAAGCAGCGACUUACCACGAAGAGGUGGUCGGGCAAACAUACCUUUGUGACAUGGAGCAGGCCAGCUGCAGAAAAGAAAUCGCCUUGAGAAAGGAGAAAAACAAGGAACUGCUCUCCGAAGAAAGUCUGACGACGGUGCCCGAGCCCAUAACUGCGAUCCAGAAAGCAGAGACAAAGCCGCUCAUAGCGAAGGAUAAGAUCUUGAAGAUAAACGGAGAGACCGGGACUGGGCUGGAGGGGACGUCCUUUCCCCUUCUGUGGACCCUCAAGGCAGAAGUUCUGCUGGAGGUGGAUCUGUACCAGCCUGCGAGGCUGCUGCUGUCGGAGGCCUACCUGGCCUUCCAGGAGCUUGAUGAUCCUUGUGCCCAAGCAAGAUGCCUGCACCUUCUAGCGCAGUUGGCGAACAAGGAAAGAAACUACGGACAAGCUAAGCAGUUGGUGCAGUGGGCGCAGCGCCUGGGGGGCAGCGAGGAGUUCUGGUACAGCUCAACCCUGACCCUGGCGGACACGCUCCUGUCCAUGGAGGGCAAAGGCAGAGAAGUGGCGGUCUGCCAGUUGUUUCAGAGACUGAUAGACACCUUCAAGCUUCUGCAAAAAGAAAGACCGAACCGAGUGCCCGUCUUGGAGUUUAUGGCCACAGACCUAGAGGCCAGGUGCGUGAGCCUCCAGAUCAAGGCCGCUCAGGAGUCAGCUGAUGGCGAACCUCCCGGAUGCUUGCUUCUGCUGAACAAAAUGGACGACUGCUUGACGGAAAUUGAGAAAAGGUUGAUCACCUGGGGCUACAGAGACAAUUGUGUGGAUAUAAGACUAGAGCGCGCCAAGAUAAAGAGUAUGCCAAGGGCACGUUGUGACCCAGCUGUCUCCGGCCGGUGGCUGCGAGGGCUCUUCGAGACGGGUCAGAAUUGCAAGCACACGGUACAGAACGUCAACACGCCUCUGAGGAGGAGGCUGGCGCAGCUCCGACUCCACCUGGCGGAAGUGUCUCUGGACCUGCUGGAGCUCAUCUGGGCGGAGGCCCUGGCCCGCCAGUUUGAGCAGAGCCCCGUGGAGAAGCUGCUGCUCAGCUACCUGCAGAGCGUCAGUGACCACACCUCCGUCGGCUUGGCAGGUGCUGAGCUGAGCGGCCAUAAGCCUCUGGAGACCAUUCUGGAGGACGAGGCCGGCGAGGAUCGCUGCAGGGACCCGGGACCCUCCAGGGCCGCCUCCCAGGAGCACGGCAGGAAGGGCUGGGAUCUGCAGAGAAAGAUGAAGCUGGCCCAGCGGUACCUGGCCCAGGCGUCCGAGGUGCUGCUGCAGUGCGUGCGGGUGGCCCUGGGCGGCUGCCUCCCGGACAUCGCGGCGGCCGCCAGCCUGGAGAUGGUGGAGUGCAGCGGCACCCUGGACCCUGUGGCCACCUGCCAGUUCCUGGCGCUGUCUCAGAGCUGCUCGGCCUCAGAGAUGAUGCGGGACGUGCUGUUCACGGCCACGGACGACACCAGCAGCUCACAGCUGGCGGCCCUGCUGCGGCUGGAGCACCAGCUGAAGCGGAAGGGGAGGACGUCCACCAACUUGUUCGCCAGCGUGAGGCAGAGGCUGGCGGUCGUUUCCACGGGCCUCGUGGGGAUGGGGGCCCGCCGCCUCGGUGACCCUACAUCCCAGGCCCGCGGCAGAGGGCGGGAGCGACAGGACCCCCGAGGGUUCUCCUUCAGCCGCCGUGGAACGCUGCAGUCACCACACCUCCUCGUGCUGGGACGAGCAGCUGUGAAGAGGGUGCCUGGUGCCCGUACAGGAACACAGGUGCCCACCGUUGUCGCGGAUUCAGGGAGACCAAAGGGCAAAGACAAGGAAAGGAAAGUGUCCCUGCCCCGGGCUGGUGCUGCCCUGUCCACAGUUGAGCCCGAGGCUGCGAACGACACCAUCCUCAUUGCGGACAGGCAUCUUCUGGAGCUGCCGCUGGAAGGUCUCUCCGUGUUUGAGGACGGGGUGGACUCCGUGGCCCGAGAGUUUUCCCUGCAGAUGCUGUGGAGCCGCCUCCGUCGAGAGGAGACAGCCGACGGGACUGUGAAGAAGGAGAGCAAAGGCAGACAGUUCAGGAAGAGAAAUCCAGCUAAGGAGGGACACAAGGACGCUGCGCCCCGGCUCAUCCCCCCCGACUGCAUCGUGGUCGACCCCGACAACUUCAAGUUCAUCGUGGACCCCUACGAGGAGGCCCGGGUCAUAGACAUGAGGACUCCUGUCUCCGUAACCCGGGAAAUUUUGGAAAGAUUCCGAGACUCGUUCACUGCUCUGUGGGUGGGACAUCUGGGAAACACGCACUUCCCGAGGUCGGUGUCUGGUCCUCCCCCCAACCCUGAACCCCCAUUUUAUCCCGGGAACCACACUCCCACCCCACCCCCAGAGGCUCCUGUGGUCCGGCCUUUGGUCAUCAGGCAGUGGGCUCCUGGUCCUCAAGGAGCCCGGCAGCAAGGCCCGGGCACGCUGGCCCUGGGGGCCGCUGAGAACGCCCUCUCCAGGCCUCUGAGCACUGGCUCUGGGGCCACCUGGGAGCCAGAGGCAGCCACCCAAAGGCCAGAGGAUGCCAGGUCUCAGGCCAAGUGA